AUGCAGCUCCAGCACGUCCUUCCUGUCGUGCUCUUCGCAGCCUCAGCUCUAGCGGCAACCUUCAACGGCUUCUCCGACACCGCCUGCCAGCAAUGCGACGGCACGUAUAUUCCCGUUACGGCAGCCCAGCUCCAGGAUCUCGUUGUUCAGGAAUGGCCGACCACGGAAGCGGUGCCAGAAGCAUCGUGCGCUCUCACUGCGCCUGAUGACAAAAAGAAAUGUCCCUCCAAUGAAGAUGAUACGUACAAAUGGGUGAGUCUUGCUGUUUCUUCUAACCCGUUCCUUCUUUCCUAA